AUGAGCCCCGGGGGCGCGGGCUGCUCCGCCGAGGUGCUGCUGUCCCUUGGCUGGCUGCUCCUGGCGGGCCUCCAGUCCGCGUGCGGGGCCAACGGCACCGCCAUCCAGGAUCCCGGUUUGGGCCACGAGGGCGAGGGCGACGGAGAGGGCGAGGACGAGGCCGAGGCCGAGAGCCCGGGUGAGGCCGAGGUCGAGCCCGAGCCCGAGGAGGAAGAGGCGGAGAGCGACAUUUCAAACAAGACAAUAGUCAAAGAAGUAGAGUUCGGAAUGUGCACAGUCACAUGUGGUAUUGGCAUUAGAGAAGUUAUAUUAACAAAUGGAUGCCCUGGAGGUCAAUCCAAGUGCAUCGUCCGGGUAGAAGAAUGCCGUGGACCUGUAGAUUGUGGCUGGGGUAAACCACUUUCAGAAAGUCUUGAAAGUGCUAGACUGGCAUGUGUUCAUGUAUCUCCUGCAAAUCGUUUCAAGUACAUGUGGAAACUUCUAAGACCAGACCAACAACCUGUUGUACUUCCAAAUGAUUCAGCAGUCCUAGAAGUUCGAAGAGAUGUUCACCCCAUGGCUUUUGAGUGUGAAACCCUGGAAAAUGGUGAAAUAAUAGCAACUAUUAAAUUCACAAUCUAUACAACAAAUGAAUUGCAGAUGAGAAGAUCAAACAGGCCAGACACUGAUGCAGUCCUUGUUUUUGUGCUAACCAUAGGAGUCAUUAUUUGUGUAUUUGUGAUCUUUGUAUUGAUCUUCAUAAUUAUAAAUUGGGUGGCAGUGAAGUCUUUCUGGGGGGCGAAAGCCUCUACCACUGAGAUACAUUCUGAGCUGAGUUCUGUGAGAUACAAGGAUUCAACUUCUCUAGACCAAUCGCCAACAGAAAUACCUAUACAUGAAGAUGAUGCUUUAAGUGAAUGGAACGAAUGA